GAAACCCAAGGCGCCUGGCCGUGGGCGGUGAGGAGAGGAGAUGAGGACAUUGCUUCUACCCCGGGGUCCUGGCGUUGCGCUGGGGAGGCAAGAAAGGAAUGGGGGUGAAUCUUUGGCGAGAAUCUGGGCUAGGAGGUUUGGAACGAUCUGGGGCAGGGGAUAGUAGAAUGAGAAAGAUCUUUCUGGUUGAGUGUGAACAGUACAUAUGCUGAGCUCGAGGGUGGCGGCAUUAAUGAAUCAGGUGGGCUAAGUGACAGGUCAAUAGGGAGAUGUGUGGCGCCGUGGAAAAGGGGCAAGGUAAGGUACAGGUUGAGUUGAAUAGGUGUGCAAUGGAAGCGAUGAGAGCUGAGAAGCAUGGCCGUGGGGGUGGGGGUGGGGGUCUCUGUAUGUUGGAGGUGUUUGCGUUUUGAAAUGCUGCAAGGGUGAGGAUUGAUUGUGCAAGGAGGCUCAGGGGUACGUAAGAAUAUUGCCGGUUGCAGACACGUUCCCGAGGGGAGCCGCUGUCAUUCUCAGCAAGUGUUCAAGGAGACCUUUGGCAGAAAACAGGAUGUGGGUGUGGGCGGGCUUACCUUGAGAGGGCCCUGGGAACUAAGUGUGAGGACUAUGUGUGUGUGCACUAGGGUGGAGUUCCUAGGUCACUGGGGUAGGAGAUGGAUGAGCAUAUUAUAGGAGGAAGGGUGUGGGUCUGAAUGGGUGGUAAGGGCUGUGAGCCUGGGGAUGUAGUGGCAGGGGAGGAGAGGGCUCAUGGAACAAACAAGUGUGUAAGACAUGGUUUACAGUGAGUGUGCAACAGGUAUAUAAUUGAGAGAAUCCCAUAAUUGAUCGCCUGGGACCGUGAAUUAUCUGAACCCCCUACGACAGCGCCCCUCCCCCAGCCAUGGACAACCCCAGCAUACAGGAACUCCAGCAACCCUUGCUGCCAAGCACAGCCUGGGACCUCCUGUCCCCCAAGUCUGACAAAGUAGAACUGGGAACCCAUUUCCCAGAAACAGUCUUUGUGGAGUCCCUGAGAGACCGGCAGUUACUUCUCCCACCUCUUUCUUCUGUGAGCGCUGGCCUGGGGGAGCCGGAGACCCCUGACCUUGAGGACACAUCAUCCAGUGACAGUGACUCAGAUUAUGAUGGAGGUGGUCGCCUCUCACCUCUUCUGCCCCAUGACCACCUUGGCCUGGCGGUCUUCUCUGUCCUGUGUUGUUUUUGGCCUGUGGGCAUUGCUGCCUUCUGUCUGGCCCACAAGACCAACAAGGCUUGGGCCAAGGGGGACAUCCAAGGGGCAGGGGCCACUUCCUGCCGUGCCUUCCUGCUGGGGGUCCUUGCCGUGGGGCUGGGCCUGUGCACAUAUGCAGCUGCUCUGGUGACCCUGGCUGCCUACCUUGCCUCCCGAGACCCGCCCUAGCUGCCCUUCGGCUCCCACUGUGAAUGCAGAGGCCAGAGGCCCCCCAGUGAAGCCAUGAGAGGAACGGAUGAUCCUGGUGCAAAUGGUGGUGACGGAGAGGACCACAGCAUCCAGAAAUGAGAGUCUGCUACUUUCCUGGCCACCCCCACCCAGAAGGAAGCAACGUGAGAGAUUAAAGAGUCCCUGAAGCCAAA